AUGGCAGAGGACAAGGACGCCGUUUCCAUCUGUGCUCUCUCGGAGGACCCGAAGGAAAAGAAGGGCAAUGAAAAGAAGCCUCGUGAAGCGGAGCCGCAGAAGUUGAGCGAAGAAGACGAAUACAUUAAGAUCCAAGUGGAGCUUCUUGUUACGCGGGCUGGCGACAGCAAUCCAGUGCUGGCCGCUACAGCUAUCCAACAGCUUAUCGAGUUGCUGAGGACAAAUAAAGGAGGCAGUGUGGCCUCCGUUCCUAAGCCACUAAAGUAUGUACGGUCCAUGUAUGCACAGCUGGAAAAGGCCUUAAAGGACACAGCAGAUGCUUCGGUCGCAGUUCGGCUUCAUGAUGUCCUUUCGUUUGUUGCCAUGACGAUUGAAUUUCCUGAUGGGAGACGCGCUUCUUUGGAGCACAAGCUUCAAGGGACCCAAGAUGAUUUGGCAGAAUGGGGACACGAAUACCUUCGCUUUCUUGCCGGCUCCAUCAGCGCGGAGUGGAAGGAGCGUAUUGGAAGGGCAGAGGGUGUCAACCAUCUGACGGGCUUUAUACGGCAAAUUGUGAGUUACAUGGUAUCCCACCAAGAUGAGCCCACAGCUGUUGAUCUCUUGAUGGAAGUGGAAGACAUGAAUGCCAUACUGCCGCUCACGGACAGUCAUAAUUACAGGCGCAUUGCCAGUUAUUUGGCCGCAGUUAGCAAAUACUUGACACGCCCCAUGGAUACAGCAGCUCUCAGAGUGGUUUAUGAUAUUUAUGUUAAGAUGGAAUCGUACAACGAAGCAUUGUUAGUGGCACUGCAACUGGGUGAUCGGGGACUUGUGAAGGGCCUUUUCGAAAAGUGCUAUAGCGCUCCAG